AUGGCUAAUGGCGUGAAUGGCAAUGGAUAUACUAAUGGCGGGAAUGGCAAUGGAUACGCUAAUGGUAUAAAUGGUAACGGAGUUUACAGAAACGGGAACGGGAACGGUGUAUAUACAAAUGGCAAUGGUAGAAAUGGGAAUGGAGUGACCGUGUACGCCAAUGGCGUUGUGGAUCCCUUCCGAGCUCUGGCCGAUGCCAUUGGCGGCGGAGGCGUCCCAGGUGUGGACUACCCCAUCCUGGCCUUCGUCCCCGCCACCGGCUUCUCCUGCAACGGCCAACUGCCUGGAUAUUACGCCGACACUGCUCCCGAGGCCGCUUGCCAGGUGUUCCACAUCUGUCAGGCAGGAGGCAGGAUCGACUCGUUCCUUUGUCCCAACGGCACAGUGUUUAAUCAGCAAUACUUCGUGUGCGAUUGGUGGUACAACUUUGACUGUUCCACGGCUGAACAGUUCUACGGAUUGAAUGCUGAGAUUGGUAAUAUCAAUGGAAAUGGAUAUACGAAUGGCAACGGUUACUCCAACGGUAAUGGAAAUGGUUACAGUAAUGGCAAUGGUAAUGGUAACGGAAAUGGAUACACCAACGGCAACGGUAACGGAAAUGGCUACACCAACGGUAAUGGUAACGGAAAUGGGUACACCAAUGGCAACGGUAACGGAAAUGGAUACACCAAUGGUAAUGGUAACGGAAAUGGUACACCAACGGUAAUGGUAACGGAAAUGGAUACACCAAUGGCAACGGUAACGGAAAUGGUUACACCAACGGUAAUGGUAACGGAAAUGGAUACCAACGGUAAUGGUAACGGAAAUGGAUACACAAUGGCAACGUUACACCAACGGUAA